UCCAACACGUUCAGAUCAACGUAUGCGAGUGGAAAGUCUCCACAUACUCAACAUGUCGGACUCCACCACACUAUCCGCGCAAGUGGACAAACUCAACAUUGGCGAUGCAUCGAAUCCCGACACAGCACCAUCGGAGCUUGUCGCCGUGGUAGACGACCUACUGAAUCAGUUGAGCUCGAAGUUCAGUAACAUGUCCAGCGAGCUGAUUGGGAAAAUGGACGAGAUGUCCCGUAGGCUCGACGCGCUGGAAGCCAGUAUACACGGUAGCGGUGCUCAAGGCAAGGAUGAGGAAGGGGAUCAAUGAGGAAUGCAAUCCGGAACGGUCACAUUCAGCGAGGAGUCCGGCGCCCGGUAACUUUAUCGAUAUGGGUCUAUGCUUUGCGCGGAGAUUGUAGUGGUAUUUUGAGCAUGGCUGUGUUUGACCGCAGAUAUUCCUUGGAGAAUGGCUUAAUGCCUCGAAUCACAUCUCGGGCUCACUCGUUGUACAAGCAAGGGUGCAAUAUCUGUUCCGGCAGCGUGCGUGUCAGUGUCAAGUGUUAGGGAGUUGAUGACAUGUGACAAGGAAUGUGCGGG